GUGCCUUUCUACAGCCAUAUCCAGUUUGGGAGACGGAAGGGGAUAUCUGUGCUCGCCGUUUGAUAUGAGAAAUAUACUCCAUUAAACCAUAGUUUAAAUCAUGUAUUGUCUAAAAAAAAAAAUAUUAUUCGCUAGCCCACAUGCUAAUUAGCACUAGCAAAUGAUUUGUCCGCGUUCGUUACACUGCUGCCUGCUAACUAGUUAACGUUAGCCGUUCGUUUAAGAGGCUAAUUUAUAAACUCGAUUUCCCCAUUGACUGUUUAUUUAGCUAACUAACUUGCCCUUUCUCAACAUUAACUAGUUUGCUAGUAGAUACAUGAAUGACGAACUAGCUAGCUAACUUAGCUAACGUUAGUGAAAUGAUCACCGAGUGUCGGUUAGCUAACGCUAAUCGAACAAAAACUGUUCUCAGCUAACGCUAGCUAGCUAACGUUUGUCUAAUUUAGUUCGUUACCUAUAGUUAGCUAGGUAUAGGUAAAAAAAAUACUAAUCACAUUCAUAGUUGAUACGGUAACGUGAUGUUUGACACAGCUAGUUGAAGCUGCACUGUUGACUGCCCUAUCAAGUUCCAUCCAACUUGGCAACAACAUGAACUGUUGAAUCUGCGCUACUCCUAUCAACUGUUGUACAACAUGUCAGCUGGAAGCAGCUGGACGUUUGAUUUGUAUUAUUAGUGUACAUAUGAUCUAGUAAAUCAACAGACACUGCUAUCCAAUUGAAUAAAGUGGGUCUUGUCGCAUCCAUAAAUUAUCUUUGUGCAUCUGACUACAAGAGUUGUAUGGAAAGUGACUGACUGCACCCAAUGCAGCCACACACAGUGAAUUUAACGUAUGUGUGUGUGUUCGUCUGGCAGAGCGACAAUGCUGUUGGCUCAGAUUAACCGGGACUCCCAGGGCAUUGCAGAGUUCCAAAAUGCAGGUGGAGACACUCAGCAGGUCACCCUCUGUUUGGCAGAGACUGUUUCAGAUGGCGAUCAAAUGGACAUGGACACUGUGAGUUUACAGGCUGUGACCCUUGCAGAUGGCUCUACAGCUUACAUACAGCACAACCCUAAAGUCUCCAUUUCAGAUGGAAAGUUCAUGGAUGGACAGGUCAUUCAGCUGGAGGAUGGAUCUACAGCAUAUGUCCAACAUGUAUCAAUGCCAAGAGCAGAGGAGACCAACAGGUGGACAGGAUCCCCUUUGUGUGAUGUAAUUGGAGGAGAUGGUCUGAGACUUGAGGAUGGUCAGGCUGUGCAGUUGGAAGAUGGCACAACGGCUUACAUCCACACACCAAAAGAUACAUAUGACCAGAAUACCCUGCAGGCUGUUCAGCUGGAGGAUGGCACCACAGCUUACAUCCAGCACACAGUACAGAUGCCUCAGACCAACACCAUCCUGGCCAUCCAGGCAGAUGGAACAGUGUCAGACCUGAACGCUGAUGGAACCCUCGACCAAGAGACCAUCAACGUGCUGGAACAAUACACCGCUAAGGUGGAAGCUGAUGAUGUCAACUCCGUACUGAUGAGAGCUGAGCAAGAUUGUGGUGUCCAGAUGCAGAUUGUGCUUCAAAGGCAGAGUGGUCGUAGUUCUAGGGAGCAGCCUACAGAGAAAUCUUUCCGCUGUGACUAUGAGGGCUGUGGGAAACUCUACACAACAGCACACCAUCUGAAGGUACAUGAGAGGUACCACACAGGUGACCGGCCAUAUCUGUGUGAUCAUCUGGGUUGUGGAAAGAAGUUUGCUACAGGGUAUGGCCUGAAAAGCCACAUCAGGACACACACUGGUGAGAAGCCUUAUCGCUGCCAGGAAGUGCACUGUGCAAAGUCGUUCAAGACGUCAGGUGACCUCCAAAAGCACAUCAGAACCCACACAGGCGAGAAGCCAUUCAUGUGCCCGUUUGAGGGGUGCGGGAGAUCGUUUACUACCUCUAACAUCAGGAAGGUGCACAUUCGCACACACACAGGGGAGAGGCCUUACUACUGUGCAGAGCCUGGCUGUGGGCGAGCCUUUGCCAGUGCCACCAACUAUAAGAACCAUGUGAGGAUCCACACAGGAGAGAAGCCUUACGUAUGCACUGUCCCAGGCUGUGACAAGCGGUUCACAGAGUACUCCAGCCUUUACAAACACCACGUUGUCCACACACCAUGCAAGCCCUACAACUGCAACCACUGUGGGAAGACCUACAAGCAGAUCUCCACCCUGGCCAUGCACAAACGCACAGCGCAUAACGUCACAGAGCCCAUUGAGGAAGAGCAGGAGGCCUACUAUGAACCCCCUACAGAGGCCAUCGAUGAUCCCUCAGUGAAUUUUGCCCCGGUUGAGGAGGAAGAGGCGGAAGAGUCCUGUUCGGAACAGAUGACUGAGACUGAGGCCAUUGGUCAGCAGCAUGUGCAGCUCAUAACACACCCGGAUGGAACUCAACAGGUCAGUAUCUCGCAGGCUGACAUGCAGGCGUUGGGGGAAACAAUUACCAUGGUAACCAGUGAUGGCACCACCUUCACGGUUCCUUCCCAUGAAAUGCUUAAUGCAGAUGGAACACAUUCAGUCACCAUGGUAGCAGCAGAUGGUACAGAAGAGCAGGUGGCCAUUGAUUUGGCCUCCUUUCAGGGCAUGCAGGCAGAGGAGGGGGUUCACCCUGUCACUCUGUUAGCCACCUCAAACGGCACACAGAUCGCUGUCCAGCUCAGUGAACAACCUUCACUCGAAGAAGCCAUCAGGAUAGCAUCAAGAAUACAACAGGGAGAGAUGGGAUUGGACGAUUAGAUAAGCCUUUCAGUACUAUGACUUCUAUUGAAAUAUUUCAUGAGAACAAGAUAUUGUUCUUAAAUCAAACAUGAAAUUCUUUAUUAAGAUUUGUAAAUAGACAUUUUGAUAUGGCUGCACAAAGAGUCUGUAAUGCUGAAACAUCCAUGAGUGAGAAGUGUGUUGCUGCAUGAAUGAGAUAAAGAAAUGUAAUGUGUUUUUGGACUUUUCGUACCAUUUUUCCAUGUGUGAAUAUUGUAUUCUGUGUAUAUACAGUAAAUAGCCAAUGUUUUGAAUCCAGCAUAUAUUUUAACUUUGAAUAUGUACAAAUAAUGGAUACACAUUGGUUGUUAAAUAAAACAGUAAAAUUCUA